GCAACUCAUAAAUAUUUGUCAACACAGCCACUUUGUUUUAGUCAACAAGCACUUUCGUUAUUCACUUGUUUUGCGAAGGCCUUCGUGAUGGGUGGCUCGAAGAAGGUCGAUCAGCUUGGGUUCUUUGAAAACUUCUGUCUCAGCGGUGCUGCGGCUGUUAUUGCUAAAACAGCGGCUGCCCCGAUUGAGCGAGUUAAGCUGCUAGUUCAGAAUCAGGGUGAGAUGCUCAAGCUGGGCACGCUGGAUAGGCCAUACAAUGGUGUCAUUGACUGUACCAUUCGCACUUUCAAGUCUGAGGGUCUUUUGCCCUUCUGGAGAGGCAAUUUGCCGAACUGUCUGCGUUAUUUCCCCACCCAAGCCCUUAAUUUCGCCUUCAAGGAUAAGGUUAAGGCGGCGAUAAAGCCUCAGAAGAGUGAUCCCUAUGCUGUUGCAUUUACAAAGAAUGUUGUCAGUGGUGGCAUCGCCGGUGCUCUUUCACUCGUCUUUGUAUACUCAUUGGAUUAUUGUCGAACUCGUCUCGCCAGCGACACAAAGUCAGCGAAGAAGGGUGCAGCGCGUCAAUAUGAUGGUAUGAUCGAUGUCUAUAAGAAAACAUGGAAAACGGAUGGUAUUGUUGGUCUCUAUCGUGGUUUUGUGAUCUCAUGCAUCGGUAUUAUGGUGUACCGCGGUUUCUACUUCGGUCUGUACGAUACCAUCAAGCCCAUUUUUCUCGGUGAAGAUGCUGGUGUCACUGUUAGCUUUAUUUUGGGUUACGGUGUCACCGUGUCAGCUGGACUCCUUUCCUAUCCGAUUGAUACUAUUCGUCGGCGCAUGAUGAUGACCUCUGGUGCUGCUGUUAAAUACAAGGGUUCCCUGGAUUGCGCCGUAUCGAUUAUUAGAGACGAGGGGCCUAUGUCUCUGAUGCGCGGUGCGGGAGCUAACAUCCUUCGUGGAGUGGCGGGGGCUGGUGUACUAGCUGGCUUUGACAAGUUCAAACAGCUUUACGUCUCAUACCGACUUGGGAAACCGGUGGCAUGA